AUCAUCAUCUAAUUGGAAGAUUGUAAGGAAUCGCAUGUUAACACCCACACUUGAAACAACAUUCGAAAUGUUCAAUUGCUGGAUAAAUAUUAUAUUACACCUGGCAUUAGCAGUAGCAGAAGCAUUAGCUGGAACUGCCACCCCCUGUGGAAUUUGAAACAGUUGUUAAAUUGUAAUUCCGAUUAUGAAAAAUGAAGAAAGUUACCCUCAAAAUAUUAUCAUUUGUUUAAACGGCAGGAAAUUAACUUUUCUUCUGUCAAAAGCUGCUCUGUUCUCUAGGCCUUAGUUCGGCUUAAUUAUGGCCACAUUUUCCAUUAACUUUACUACUUUACAGUGCGGAACACAUACACACUUGAGCGGAGGAGAUACAUAAGUUGUCCGUCAGCAUAGGAAAACUCAAAUCAAAUUCAAGGUAGCUCUGAGCGCAGACACACAGAGUGGCUCCGGCUAAUGCCAUACGCAAUACAAAAUAUUUCGCAAAAAAUCCAAGUUCUUCAAAGAGCAACCUUUUGAAAUGUUCAUUUAAAUUCUUCGACUCUCGCUGGAAAACCACGAAUUUUCUUCUGAAAUAUUCAUAAAUUGUAUGGUCCGUGGAUUGGAGUGCACAUCUCCUGCGCCAUUCGGAUUGGGGUUUCAUGUGGAAUAAUCCUUUUCGCUGACAUUACUCCGAACGGAAAUACAACGAAACAACCCCCAGACAGCGAGGAAUAAUGCCAGAGGACAUGGGCUCAACAUCAAUUGUACGAUUUAAGCAAUUUGCAAUUUCUGUGGGGGCCUAUGGAAGGGGGCAGGCAACUUCUAUGGCGUCAACGAGCCUCAAUAAUAAUAACUUUUCAUAGCGCCCCAUUAUCGUUAAGCGCGCCGAAAACAGUGGAAAACAAGUUAUAAUGAUUUUUGUUUGGACUGAAAGAUACCCGCUACAGAGUCUGCUUCUCUUAAACGUUUCAUACCGCACAAGGAGUCCAGUAUGCACCCUUUUCCUUGCUCAAUCUUCUUAGAAAUGUUCACUCAUCCCUGAGGAGCGCUUGAAGGAGCUCUUGCCAUACAUAACUUUGCACUGUUUGACUUACCCUUCUCUUCGAAUGCACACAACACAUGCCCUGACAGGCUCCAAGACUCCUUGCUGCUAUGCAAUCUCCCCUGCUCCUCCUCCUGCUGCCUUUGUCCUCGGUGGUCGGGUCGUAUGAGUAAUAUGCCAAUUACACAUUUUGUGCAUUCUCCUGUUGCUUGUUCGCCUCGAUUCUUGUCUUUUAUGCUCCUCUCCCUCUACCCAGCGCUGUAAAAAUAUUUAUACUGGUGUCCUUGCGUGGCAGAGGGCAGGAUGUGGUAUCAUUGCGUAUACGAGGUGAUGGCUUCAAGCGGCUUUCAGCAGGGCUAAGCUUUUGCUGAAAAGGUGAAAGUAGUAAAAAUGUUUAGAGCUUCUAAAAACAGAGACAAAGACGAUUGGAAAUAUCUAAGGAAAUAUAUCAUUUUUAUGGCUAUGUUUUUACGAAUGUAACGUUAGGGAUUUGCUGGCAAAAAAAAAACAUUGAUAUGACGUGUGGAUACCAAACUAUUAUUCACACCUUGAUCUACAUAGUCCACUGAACUUUUUCCCAUUAAAUAUUCCCCCAUAUAUAGGGGCCCAUGGGCUCUUAUAAAAACUUUGGCACACCAAAAGAAUAAUUUUAGUAAGCAACAUGAAGUGGCUGUCUUUUGUGCUGCCAAUUCUUUUAUGGCUACCAAAUCUUUGGGCUGUCUAUAAUCCUUAUAGAAGAAAUUUGGAGCUGCUAUUCCAGGAGCCCAGUGCGGGAUCUUAUACCAAAAACGAUGCCGUUUCGGUUGAAGAACUUUGGUUGGAACAAAAAGUUGAUAAUUUCGAUGCUCUGAACAAUCAGACCUGGAAAAUGCGCUAUCUACGCAAUGGCAAAUAUCAUAGGAAUCAAGGACCCAUCUUCAUAUUUGUGGGCGGUGAAUGGAGCAUAAGUCCGGGGUUUCUGAGCACAGGUCUCACCCACGACAUGGCUGUGGAAAAUUCGGGAAUGCUGUUCUACACCGAACAUCGUUACUAUGGACAGAGCUUGCCCCAUGGAAAGGAGAGCUUCCGUGUGGAUAAGCUGCAGCAUUUGAGUAUCUAUCAAUCCCUGGCUGAUUUGGCUCACUUCAUACGCUUUCAAAAGUCGGAGAAUCCUCGAAUGAAACAGUCGGAAGUCAUAUUAGUCGGUGGUUCAUAUUCGGGCAGCAUGGUGGCCUGGAUGACACAAUUGUAUCCCGAUUUGAUAGCCGCCAGUUGGGCCUCAAGUGCCCCACUGCUGGCCAAAGCGGAUUUUCAUGAGUACAUGGAAGUGGCUAGCAAUUCGAUUCGCUUAAGUUAUGGUCAAAAUUGUACUACUAGAAUACAGAAGGGUUUUCAGCACUUGACAAAGUUGUUUGAAGAAAAUCAAAUUCCGGAAUUACUGCAAAAACUCAAUGGCUGUGAGGAUUAUGAACCCAACGAUCCCCUGGAUAGAGCUGCCUUCUUCAAUGGCUUGGGCAACUAUUUUGCUUUGAUUGUGCAGAGUUAUAGUUCAUAUAUUCCACAACUUUGCGACACUUUAAUGUCUUUGAACUCCAACGAUGAAGUGGCAUUUGAGGGUUUCUUAGAACUACUCUUUGCAGAAGGCAGAAGGUCGACAGAUUGCCAGGACUUUGGCUAUGGGGCCAUGCUGCAACUAUUCAGCGAUCCAAUUUCAGGCAUUCGUGCCUGGUUCUAUCAGACAUGCAAUGAAUUUGGCUGGUACUCGACCACAGCCACAAGCGAUUCAUCAUCGACCUUUGGCAAUCAAGUGCCUUUGUCCUACUACGAGCGUCUCUGUUUGGAUGCAUUCGGUCCAGAACAGACCCGGGAGAAGCUAGCCCAGGGCAUUGAGCAGGCCAACAAUCACUUUGGUGGCUACCAUUUCAAUCAGAGUGAGCGCUAUGGAGAGGUAUUCUUUACGCACGGCCAGCUGGAUCCUUGGCGCUCUCUGGGCAAGCAAAAAGGCAAUCAGGCCAUUGUCUUGAGGGGCUACUCGCAUUGCGAGGACCUUGGCGGCAUUCAAGUAAGGGACAGCGUGCAAAUGAAUCUGGCCAAACUGCGUGUGAUGUCCUUUCUGCGCCGUCACAUAUAAAUUGCCACCGGGAUAUGCUCAUCCAUGAUUAAUUAUUUAAUAAACAUAUAAGUCAUGUGCCCGUCCCGGCCUUUGUCAACAAGUGUCCUGCGUCUCGAGUGUGUCAACAACUUUGCUGUUGAUUAAGAAAAUUGCACUUACCCUCUGGCUUGUGCAUUUUCCCUGCUUUUGUUUGUCUUGGCUUGAUUGGUUGAUUAAGGAUCCCUGCC